GCAAAUCCACCACCCUGAUCAACGCGAAAGCCAGAGGGAGGAAAACUUUCGUCGUGGAAUUUUUGCACGAAUUUUCUAUCGGGUUUUCGUGGUGCUUAGGUUUUCUGAUACGAUCGUGAUAGUGACAAUCGGUUUAAUUAGGCUAGGAGAUAAGAAGGUAAAUAGCAGAAACCACCUGCUGCUGCUGCUGCUGAGUCGCCCGCAGUCGCCAGCAGUACCUGCGACGUUGCAUCCGCCUUCUAUGUGAUGGAAUUCUGAGUGUGAUCCGAUCGUUCUCCUGCACGACGCGCAGUCCCUGGAUCGGUGCAGCAUCAGAACUGCAGGUGCAACAGCAAUGCACCCGACAAAUUCGGGCUCCGUUAUCGUGACUCAGGUGGUGCUGGUACAGCAUCAGUGCAGUAUAAAAUGAAACGAAAUUGAUAGCAGCAGCACAACUUCCCAUCCACGGCCUUCGUUCGAUCGAACGUGAAUUGUCUAGCCCUGCUAUUCGUGACAGUGAAAUGUGUCCAUUGACUCAGCAUUAAAUGUUGGUUGAAAGGGUGUUUCGGUUUCCUUUCGGUUUGUGCUUUAGUUUUGGUUUAGUUUAAGCCGUGUGCGUGCUUUGCUUUUCCUUGGUUCCGCGAGUUUCCGAAGGGCAGCCGUGUAAGUGCUUUUGUUUGGUGCGCCUUCAUAUAUCGGUCAGGGGCGUUAUCGGUGAAUUACGAUGUUUACGAUUGCGUUCGAGUGGUGCACGGUGUAAGAAAGAAAACGCUGCCCAUCCCGUGUUUUGUCCGCGUGCCAUCAUUUCGUGUGUGUGUGUGAGUGCGUGACUCAUCAGGAGGACACCCGUUCCGAAAGGGUUCCGGAAGCAGCCCUAAUUCCAUACUCGCUUGAUCGUGAGGUAGAUCGUUCUGUAGGGCUUGUAGGGAGCAAGCGCGUGUGUGUGUGUGUGUGUGUGUAGACUAAUCUGUCCACGCGCGUGUGUGUGUGUGCGAGGCAUUGUGACGUGGCAGCUGAUCGUGUGCUCGAAGUGUGUAGCAGCAAGCACCGGACUCCGGUGCCGCACAACCGAGGCCGAAACAGGGGAUACCGGCGUGCGUGAGGCGGACACACAGUAUGGAAAAGUUUCCUCUCAAAGGCACGAGCAACCUUACGAUAUCAUCCGCUGCUACGAAUCAUCCGCUGAGUGCUGAUCAUACGUCUUAUCAGUCAGUUGGAAGCAAGACCGGUAAAGGUUCUCCGGCGUCCAUCGGAUCGGAACGCAUCACCACCUCCCUGACGACAGCUCCGGGCGUGCCGGUGUACGAGGCGGACGAGGACGGCAUGAUCGACAUUACGCCCGGGAAUGGUGGCCUGACCAACCCGAACUACCCCUACUCGUACGCGGCGAACGGUGGCCGACAGGAUGGGGUCGGUGCACCAAGCGGUAGUGGUGGAGGGCCUACUGCUGCCGCAGCUGCCGGUGCCUCCGCUUCCGCCGGCAAUGGUGGUGACGGGGGUGGCGGAAUAUCGUCGCCCACGCACACACGCUUCGGGCGCGAUUUUCAUCACUCCGAUCAUGAAGGUAUCUCAUUUGCCGGCAUGACGGACACAAGCGACGACAUUCCCGGCAUCGGGCAGUACGACGAUUUCCACACAAUCGACUGGCAGCGAGACAUUGCCCGGGAUCGUAUGCGACAUCGGUACAUCGUUAAAAGGCGACAGGACUCGUUCUGGGAUCUUUUAAAGGGUGCCCAUGAUGCCUGGUCCGGGUGGGUGUGUGUACUGCUGGUCGGUCUGUUUACCGGUUGCGUGGCCGGUGUGAUCGAUAUCGGUGCGAGCUGGAUGACCGAUCUGAAGUUUGGCAUCUGCCCGCAAGCGUUCUGGCUGAACCGGGAGCAGUGCUGCUGGUCGUCGAACGAAACGUCCUUCGACAGUGGCAACUGCUCGCAGUGGUACGCCUGGUCCGAGAUCUUUACCUCCUCCCGGGAAGGGUUCGGUGCGUACGUCAUAUCGUACUUCUUCUACAUCAUGUGGGCGAUGCUGUUCGCGCUGCUGGCCGCCUCGCUCGUGCGCAUGUUCGCACCGUACGCGUGCGGGUCCGGCAUACCGGAGAUCAAGACGAUACUGUCCGGGUUCAUCAUCCGCAGCUAUCUGGGCAAGUGGACGCUGAUCAUUAAAUCGGUCGGCAUCAUGCUGUCGGUGUCGGCGGGCCUGAGCCUCGGCAAGGAGGGCCCGAUGGUGCACAUCGCGAGCUGCAUCGGCAACAUACUGUCCUACCUCUUCCCGAAGUACGGUCGCAAUGAGGCGAAAAAGAGGGAAAUUCUGUCGGCCGCUGCAGCGGCAGGCGUAUCGGUCGCGUUCGGCGCACCGAUCGGUGGUGUGCUGUUCAGCCUGGAGGAGGUGUCCUACUACUUCCCGCUCAAAACGCUCUGGCGUUCGUUCUUCUGUGCGCUGAUUGCGGCGUUCAUACUGCGCUCGAUCAAUCCGUUCGGGAAUGAGCAUUCGGUGCUGUUCUACGUCGAGUACAACAAACCGUGGAUUUUCUUCGAGCUCGUACCGUUCAUCGGGUUGGGAAUUAUUGGGGGCUUCAUUGCAACCUUCUUCAUCAAGGCGAACCUUUGGUGGUGCCGAUUCCGCAAGUACAGCAAGCUGGGCCAGUACCCCGUGACGGAGGUGCUGAUCGUAACGUUCAUUACGGCCGUCAUUGCGUAUCCCAAUCCGUACACGCGCAUGAACACGAGCGAGCUUAUCUAUCUGCUCUUCAGCCAGUGUGGAAUUUCGAAUCAGGAUCCGCUAUGUGACUACAAUCGCAACUUUACCGAUGUCAAUUCGGCGAUAGAAAUAGCGGCUGCCGGACCGGGAGUUCACAAAGCCGUCUGGCUGCUCAUACUGGCGCUCGCAAUGAAGCUAGUGAUGACGAUCUUCACGUUCGGCAUGAAGGUGCCGUGCGGGUUGUUCAUUCCAUCGCUGGCGCUUGGUGCGAUCACGGGUCGUGUGGUUGGAAUUGGAAUGGAACAACUGGCAUACAACUACCCGAAAAUAUGGAUCUUCUCGGGCGAGUGUUCCACCGGCGAUGACUGCAUUACGCCCGGGCUGUACGCGAUGGUCGGUGCUGCUGCCGUGCUCGGAGGGGUCACAAGAAUGACCGUGUCCCUUGUGGUUAUAAUGUUCGAGCUAACCGGUGGCGUCCGAUACAUCGUACCGCUGAUGGCGGCAGCCAUGGCUUCGAAGUGGGUUGGUGAUGCGUUGGGCAGACAGGGCAUCUACGAUGCACACAUAGCGCUUAACGGGUAUCCGUUCCUGGACAGCAAGGACGAAUUCCAGCACACAACGCUAGCGGCGGACGUGAUGCAGCCAAAACGCAAUGAAACGCUAGCGGUGAUCACUCAGGACUCGAUGACGGUGGACGACAUCGAGACCCUACUCAAAGAGACUGAACACAACGGCUACCCGGUGGUUGUGUCUAAGGAGAAUCAAUAUUUGGUUGGCUUCGUGCUGCGAAGGGAUCUUAAUCUAGCGCUAGCCAACGCACGACGCAUCAUCGACGGUAUCACUGGCCAAUCGCUGGUCAUAUUCACCUCGGCCCAGCCGGUCCAAAACCUUGGCCCGUCGCCGUUGAAGCUGAAGAAAAUCCUCGACAUGGCACCGAUCACCGUCACGGAUCAGACACCGAUGGAAACGGUGGUCGACAUGUUCCGGAAGCUGGGCCUGAGGCAAACCUUGGUUACCCACAAUGGGCGACUGCUCGGUGUAAUAACCAAAAAAGAUGUCCUGAGGCACGUCAAACAGAUGGACAAUGAGGACCCGAAUACUGUUUUGUUUAACUAAGCGCUUAGCUCUAUUUAUAAUGAUAUAUAGAUAUAUAGAGAUAUUAUGCCGGCCUCCAUCCUUGUCUUCUCCUGCCCCGUAUCACCCGAUCCUGUGCUGUUGAGUGCGAUGUAGGUAACUUCGGAGCCUUUAACACACACCAGCAUGCUUACAAUCCUAUAACGAACGAGAUGAUGAUUUUUGUUUUUCAAAAUUUGGAAAAGCACCGUGCAAUAUGCUCCACUUCGGGUUUGUUUGUUUGGGCCCAAAAGCAAAAGCAAACGAUCGAGCGCAAUAAUAUUUGUUCCGGAAAGCAAUAGCAGCUACUAAUUAUUUAUACUCAUCUCAACAAGCAUUACUUUUUUGUGAUUAUACCCUUCGCGCUAGUAGUAGCAAGAAUAAGGAGAGGGAGAGAGAGGCAGUAUCCAGUACGAAGUUUAUAUACAAUGUGUCCAAUCGUCCGAGAAAAUAUCAUAAACUGUGGAGAGAACGCUGACGCUGAGAUUCCGAGCUCUGAGGCUGCAUUGUCUCUCUCGCCCAGAACCUUAUGAAGUAGCCGGUAUCGUUAUAUAAUUUUUUAAACAACGUGCAAUCUAACCGAGGGCGAUAAGUGCUGAACACAAAACAUACACAAACACACACACACACAACUAGGCAAAUUACAUUAUUACUCAUGUGAAAACGAUCGUCUCAUCGAACGUUACGGUGCGGUAGGAACAACAAGGAAAGGGGGGGGGGGGGGGGUAAUGGAAGGAAAAGAGUGUAAGAAGCAGACGGAAGCAACAUUAUAAUAAAAUUGUAUAUUUAUGUAAUAAAACAAUUUUCUUGUAAAAAA